GUUUCCAGUAGACCAUCCUUGCUUUCCACUUCUCACCCGGGCUAUUUGCCCAAUGUGCAAGCUAGUCUCCCCUACCCACAGCUGCCGACCUUCAGCAGGAAAAUUUCUCGAGUUUACAUUGAGACAAAAUAUUCUUCUUACAGUUAUUCUGCCAUCUUUGCUGAGAGUGAACUGAGUGACUGGGAUUAUGACUAUGGUUUCUGCUCACCUAAGACACUCCGAUGUGCUCCUGAACCAGAUGCUUUUAAUCCCUGUGAAGAUAUCAUGGGCUAUGACUUCCUUAGGGUCCUGAUUUGGCUGAUUAAUAUCCUAGCCAUCAUGGGAAAUGUGACUGUUCUCUUUGUUCUCCUGACUAGUCGUUAUAAACUGACAGUGCCCCGUUUUCUCAUGUGCAAUCUCUCUUUUGCAGACUUUUGCAUGGGGCUGUAUCUGCUACUCAUUGCCUCAGUUGAUUCCCAGACCAAAGGCCAGUAUUAUAACCAUGCUAUAGACUGGCAGACAGGGAGUGGGUGUAGUGCAGCUGGCUUUUUCACUGUAUUUUCAAGUGAGCUUUCUGUCUACACCCUCACAGUUAUCACACUAGAAAGAUGGCACACCAUCACCUAUGCUCUUCAGCUGGACCAAAAGCUACGUUUAAGACAUGCCAUUCCGAUCAUGCUUGGAGGAUGGCUCUUUUCUACUCUAAUUGCCACGUUGCCCCUUGUGGGUGUCAGCAAUUACAUGAAGGUCAGCAUUUGCCUCCCCAUGGAUGUGGAAACCACUCUCUCACAAGUCUACAUAUUAACCAUCCUGAUACUCAAUGUGGUGGCCUUCAUCAUCAUUUGUGCUUGCUACAUUAAAAUUUAUUUUGCAAUUCAAAAUCCAGAGCUGAUGGCUACCAACAAAGAUACAAAGAUCGCCAAGAAAAUGGCGGUCCUCAUCUUCACUGAUUUCACCUGCAUGGCACCGAUCUCUUUUUUUGCCAUCUCAGCUGCCUUCAAAGUGCCCCUUAUCACAGUAACCAACUCUAAAGUU